GUUUAACCAACAGAGUAACAUGUUGCACUUGAAAGUCUAUCAAUUUCAUCUACAUCGUCCAAUUAAUAGCCAGUAUUAUCCAUAAUAGUAAUCAAAACAGCACGAAUAUACCAAAUAACUGUUAAGAUUUUUUGUGGUAGCGGAGCGUCACGAUUACAUAUCCAAAUUUCAUCAAUAUCGGGUGUAUCAGCGUUUUAUUGAUAUAAUUUUUUGUGGAUGGAGCGAACUAGUCAAGGCCUAGGUUGAGGCAGUGGCAGUGACCAGCAUGACCAGUUUUUGUCGAUUUCCGCGAGCGAUUACGUUGCGUUAGGUCUCAGGUCUCAAGGGCGUCUCGGCUGGCCGAGAGUCAAGUGCAAGCACGCUGUGCUGACUGCUGAGCUGUGGUUCAGUCAGUGCCGUUCGAAUUGGCCGAGGGAACUGACUUCCAAGUCACCGUCUCUCAUCAGAGCCAAGUCAAGUCUUUGCUCGCGUUGUUGCGUUGCGCUGCGCGCUAGUGUCAAUUGGAUUGUGACCUUUGACAGAGUGCUGCCCCGUAUCAGCUGUUCUCGUUCCGGCUCAUCUCAGUUUGUGCUACUGUUCACUCAAAGUGCUCAGGAGAUGACGAGCGGAAUCGAGCAGCUUCCAGUGGAGGUUGUGGCAGAGGUGCUAGGGUGGCUGAGCACAGAAGACCUGGAGUCAGCGAGCGGAGUGAGCCUGCUGUGGUGCGACAUAGUGAACGACCUGCUGCUGCGGAACAAGGGAGCUGCCGUCCUGCGUCCUGGCACCAUUCGAACUCUGGCUCGCCUGCCCUCAUCACUCAACAGACUCUCAAUAUUCGGCUUCAGCAGUUUCGAACAAGUUCUUCCAGUCUGCUCAGAAGUGAAGGAGUUGUUGCUGGGAAACGAUGAGCCUCCUGAUCGUCCCUUCGACCCGGGCCAGCUCUCUGCCAUACUAAAAUCCUCCAGGGAUCUGACAAGGCUCGUAUUCAAGCACGUGCGAGUCGAUGAGCGAAUUAUGCGCACUGUUCUACACGAAGCCGCCGACACAUUGAAAUCAGUCACAAUCUACAGUUCGGAAGCAGUCAGCGAGCAGACACGUCUAGUGUUCGCGCCCUGCUUUGUCGAGUUCAAGCACGUGAGGAAGUAUCCCAACUCGUCGGCGGUCGAGAUGCUCGCCACUUAUACCACUUCCGGGCGCAUCGAGUAUCAGCUCAACGUUCCCAGCUACGUCACAAAGUUGAAGGUCAAGAGCCGCGCUCUGGCUGCGUCGGCGUUCGGAUUUCUCAAAAGAUGUCCCAAGCUGCAGGAGUUGGAGCUGACGGAGGCGUUCGAACUGGACGAUCAAGCGAUUGAGAACGUCGUCAAACUUCGCAAUCUGAGAACGCUACAAGUGGAGGGUGCGGGCAAAGUAACAGCGGCCGGAUGGUCGCGCGUUUUCAGCUGCCGAAAUCUGUCACGACUGUCGCUGUCGCAUUGUUUGGGUCUGACCGACUACGCGUUCCAACAAGCGGUCGCUGCUCGCUCUCGCCUGCAACUCGACCUCGAGGGGUGCAAAGGGGUGACCGCCACUGGACUCUCUUCCCUUUUCUCUAUAACAAAAGACCUCGAUCUCAGCUUCGAAUACAACGAUGAUCUAGCUGAAGGCAUUUCCAACGGUAUCAAAACUGACUUCAAUACACCUCCGAAAAAAUUGUCCAUCACUCUACAGCGAGUCAAUGAUGUAGCUGAUCUACAUCCACAAAAAUUAGAUCUCUUCAAUAAAAACAUUUCCCAACUCUGUCGGGAGAGGCUUGUUGAUUUUAGAUUUCAAGAGUCAUUCAUAACUUUCCGUUUGGCGUUAUAUUGCUCUUGAAGUAAUCCUUGUAAAUCUUUUAUUUAUUGUUGUAUGUGCUUCUAUGAAGAAGUUGAUCUAAUGCUGAAUGAAUUAAAUCACCCUAAUAUGAGUUCCAGCACAGCCACCACUAAUGAAUGGAAU